AUGCAGACCCAGCUCGUUGGUGUGUGUUUGGCAAUCAUCGGCUUUCUUGGCACCAUCGUUAUCUGCGCACUGCCCAUGUGGAAGGUGACUGCCUUUGUUGGGGCAAGCAUCAUCACCUCUCAGGUCUUCUGGGAAGGUUUAUGGAUGAAUUGUGUCAUACAGAGCACGGGUCAGUCACAAUGUAAAGCCUACGAUUCCAUUCUGGCUUUACCACAGGAUCUGCAGGCUUCCAGGGCUCUGAUCUGCGUCUCCAUCGCUGUCAGCAUGGUGGCCAUCGGGCUCACUGUGGUCGGGGCCCACUGCACCAACUUCUUUCGUGCCGACCGGCUGUACAAAGCUAAUAUCGGCGUGGCUGGGGGUGUGGUGUUUAUAUUAGCAGGCCUCCUGUGUGUUAUUCCUGUCAGCUUGUCGGCUCACAGCAUCAUCACAGGUUUCUACAACCCCCUGCCCACCUCGGAGAGGAGGGGAGAACUCGGGGCUUCCAUAUAUGUGGGCUGGGCGUCUGGAGUUCUGCUCAUCAUUGGAGGAGGGGUGUUGUGUAGCACCUACAGAUGCCGAGGACGAUGAGAGGAGGAGAGUACACGGCGUCAUACGUCAAAUACAUACUGUAGUUGAAAAUGCACAGUAAUGUGUUUACUGUGAUGGACUUGGAUCAAAGCUUCUUUUUCAAUAUUCAUUUCAACCUUUGUUAAAUUCACUAUACUGACAUUUUCAAACUAAUCUGUGUAAUAUAUUAAGUGUGUAGCAUAUUCAAUAUAGUAAAUUACAUGACCAGGGCAUGCAGUGUUUGUUUUUUUUCAAAGUGAAGAAUGAAAAAAUGAAGUCUUGUUAAGCCAAUAAUUGUAUAAUGUGAUAUUAUAGGAUGUUAACUGUUAAGCUAUGUUUAUGUGAUUAGUUUUAGUUUGUGCAUAAUAUAUUAUGAAUGAUGCAAGAAUAAUCAGUUUUUAAGACCUUUUAAAGACGAUUGGUUUUAUCAUAAUCUUAAACAGUAUUUUUUAACCGUCAGUUUCGUUCUUGUUUUAGGGAUUUUGAGCGUAAAACCUUCAGAAUUUGAAACAGAAAUAGCUUAAUAAAAAGUCAUUUUUACUCUUAUCACAUGCAAGUUGUGAAAUAAAUUG